AUGUGGGUAAUGAUGACAAGCCUGCUCGGUUUGCCUUUUUUACUACUGGGAUGCUCAAAAAAGGAGAAGUCGGAAGUCAAGACGAAAACGGCGAAGACGUCCGAGACUGCGAAGACGAACAAGACUCGAAAUGCAGCAAAGUCGAGAAAUUCUGUGAAGGUUGCUCUGCCGGACGCCAGCUGCUUGGGCGCCGACCAGACAAGCUCAGGUUUCAUCUUUGAAGCCGUUCAAUCAGGAUUCUUCUCAAAGUAUUCUCAAUUUGAUUCUGAUAGUUUUUGUUAAGUUCCCUGCAAGCAAAAAAUGUCUGCGCCGCCUCCGCCGCCAGCUCCGAAAAAACAGAAGCAGGCUCCGUUUCUUAAAAAAAUCCAAGGUAGUAUCGAUAAAACGUUGGAAGUAUGGUUUAUAACAAGAAAAUGAGCGAAAUUCUCCGAGAGCUUUUGGAGAAGCUGUUCCGAAGGAGCAGCCGACGCAGCCCUGCUCCAUGAUCUCGACACGGCCGAAGUCGGAGCCGAAGGAAGGUCAAGGCUACGCUCUCCUAGCAGAAGCUGGAACCCAGGAGUUGGAUGCCGUCCAAAACAGCGACAACACUUGCGACGACGCGCCUUCCAUCAAAGUCUUGCGAAUCGUGCAACUUUCAACCUGAGCACUUUUUAGACGAACCGGGAUAAUGGUUCGCGUAGCGAAGUAGAAGAAACCUCCAGGAAAGCUGGGAUCGUCUAGGCUUCCGUCUUUGAAUUUUCAUCAAUCCCCUGUUUUUGUUUCAAAUCUUUGGUCCCUACAAUUCAUUUAUUGUUUCUUAUCGAGUUGCUUGAGAAGGAAAAUGAAAUUAGCCGCUUUUUUCGAAUGAUCUGGUAUUUCUGACAAACUGUAGCCAAUUCGAAGCGGGACCGCCUCGUCGGAAUCACUUAUUUUGGCCUCCACGAUGACGGAAUGCGUCUUCAUGGACAUUGAGGCCGAUUGUGAACCACUCGGAAGGCUCGUCUUUCAGGUAUUUCGGUCUCACUCAUGAAUCAAGAUAAUCUUAAUUAUUCGGAAGAGCCUCAGGAGCAGAACGUGUUUCAGAAUUUCUUUUCUUCGCUCACUGUAGAAUCAAACACUUUCCUGUGGUUUACCAUUGAAAAUAAGAUGGAUGUUCAUCGCUUAUUUCGAAUUUAGGCUCAGAAAUGGCUUCGAAGUUCUGAAAAAUAAUUCACAGAUUCUGAAAAUGAGCAUUUUUCCAGAACCAGAUUAAAAAAAAUCUUUUUUUUUCUAUUUUUGGUACGGUUUUCAGUCUUUCUGAUCGUCGAGCUGAGUUUUGGACGUAAUAAAUUGUAAUUUUAUUUUUCGAAAAUCAGAGAAAAUAUUCGGUCUCGUGAAACAAUAGACUGAGCUGUGUUUUUAUGAAACGUCUAUAGAGAUUAGUCGGAAAAACAAUAAAAUCUCAUUGAAAGAUGGACCAGGAGAACCAAUGUAUAACUUCCAGCUGAACACGGACAAGUGUCCCAAAACUUGUGAGAACUUCCGACUUCUUUGCACAGGACAGAAUGGAAAAGGCUUCGAAGGCUGCCUUUUCUAUCGCGUCAUUCCCGGAUUCUGUGCCUGUGUAGGUCUUCUUUCCUCCAUUUGAUGUUGGAACCGUUCAUAACAGCAGAUUGCAGCCUGGAAAUGCCAUUCAGACUUGUGGAAAUAGAUCAGAAAAAACGUCUUCGAAUGAGCUUUUGCAAGUAGAAACAUUUUUUGGAGUCAGGGGACUUCGAAACGCAAAACGCCGAUCGGAGCGGCGGCCACAGCGCCUUCGAGUCCAAGUACUUCGCCGACGAAAACUUCCACGUUCUGCACAAUAAGCGGUUUUUUCAUGUCAAAAAAAGCCGUUCCAAGCUGUAUUAUAGCGGCAUUCUGGGUAUGGACAACUACGGCUGGCCAAAUACCAACAGCAGCCGAUUUUACAUCACUUUCGAUGAAACGCCCUGGUAAUAAUUUCUUGUUUGAGAAAGCGCUUGAAGAUAUUCACCACGACUGGAAGUCAGGUCAAGGACUGUAUAUUUUGAGGAUGAACAACUUCCACGUGGCAUUCGGGGAGCUCGUUGAAGGAUUCGACGUACUCGACAAGAUUGAGAAGCUUGGCGUUCUCGAAGGUUCGGCUUCGAAUCAAAAUUAUUUUUUUAAAUCCUAAGUGUCUUUCAUGUUCUUUUUAAGUUACGUUAACAGAAUCGGUAACAGAAGGGUUUUUUCAAUUUCAAGUGUUCCUUUUUAUAAAGGUUUUCCAAUAUUUCAGUUUAGUGUGUGCCAGUAUCGCAACACGAGAAAAAACAUGUCUUCGAAUCAGAAUUACGACUGUAAUUCUUGGAUUUCGAAAAAAAAAAUCUUUAAGAAAUCUGCAUGGCUGAAAUCAGAAAGAACCUGAAUGUAGUCUGAUGUUUGCUGAGCAAUCGACCUGAUACCGUCUUGUUCGACAGAGUUUUUGUCUGCCUUGAAUCUGAUAGAGGCUAAGGGUUAAAUAGGUGACAGAAACUCAGAAAUGAAUCAAAAAAGCGCAACUUUUUCGUUGCCAGAACUGUAUCAGAGGAUCAACGACGGUUUGCAGGAAACGGACCUCAGAAGGGACGGACGCUGAAGUCGUUGCGCAUCGUCAAGUGCGGCAGAGUGCAUCAGACAAUCGAAUGA